UAUUCAGAUCCCAAGAAAAAAAAAUUCAAAUCUCAAGAAAGGCAGGAAUUUUUACGAAAACGAAACAAUUGCGAAAAAUUACGAAAUACUUUCCAUAUAAAUAAAUCACGACGUAAAUACGUAUAAACAUUAGAAAAUCUAAAAAGAAAAAAAAAAGACACUCGCUGAGAAAACAGGGAGGCUGGUGGAUGAAAAAAAAAAGAAAGAAAGAACGAUACAAAGAUGAAGGCGGAGAACUAUCUUUUCUAAACUCAAUAUAUAGAGAGUACGAGUAAAAACGAUGGGGAAAUUUUCAAGAUCUUUCUCAGUCGCUUCGACCCUCUUGCUGCCUGCCUUUGCUAACCAUCCCCCCCCCAUCCCAUUCCAUACCCUUCUAGUAUAGCGUUUCUCUCUUCUUCGUAAUCGUUACGAUCAGUGGGGGUCGCACUGGCAAGUCUCCCUUCAAUAUUCGUAUACGUAGAUUCACAGUUCCCUGUUUUUUCGUGUACCAGUCUCAUUCUUUAGUUUGUGACGUUAAAGUAUUGGACGUGGUUCGUGCCUCUGUAGUCUCUGUACUCGUGGUUCGGUGUAAGUGUUGAAUUUACGAGUAUUUCGUUCGUCUUGUAUGUGCAGUGGAUACGUGUUCGAGCCUGAUACUCUUCGUUGGUAACGUCGACCUUUGGUUUAUUCUCUUCGUACGUGUGCUAGUCUGUGUAUUCGUCUUUGAUGAUCAUUUGGUGCCUUUGAUGAGAUUAUUGAAACGAAAAGAAGAAGAAGAAGUACGAGUAGCAGUAAUAGUGUCCAAUUAAAAUGGCUGAUACGUCGACUAAAUCGUUUCACCUCAGGUGGAAUAAUCAUAUAUCGAAUUUACGCACUUUGCUGGAAUAUUUAUACAACGAGCAGAGUUUCGUGGAUGUAACGUUGUCGUGUAGCGAUGGAAUGAUUCGAGCUCAUAAACUCGUCUUGUCCGCCUGCAGUCCUUACUUCGAUACGAUAUUCCGAGAGAAUCCUUGUAAACACCCGACUGUCAUUUUGAGAGGUAUUUCACUCAGAGAAAUGCAGCUUAUCAUCGAGUACAUGUAUGUGGGAGCUGUCGAUAUACCGGAGAAUGAACUUUCUGCUUUAUUGGAGAUCGCCAAUGAGUUACAUAUCAAAGGACUCGUACAGGAUCCGGCUGACGAUGAUGAGAUGGCUGAUAAACGUGACUCUGGUUCGAAUAGCUCGCGAGAAUGCAGACAGGAUGAAGAAUGCGAAGAUAAACAUCAGGAAUCGUACGAAAGCCAAACAGAUCAUCGCAGCUCGCCGGAAAACAUUUGCCAAAAUGAUUCGAAUUCGAUAUCAGAAAAUAACGACGAUAUCAAGAACCAUAAUAUGAUGGAAUCGGACGAAGCAGCGAUGGCGACAAUGUGCGGUAUAAUGAGUAUGGCUCAGGUUAAAAUGGAAGAAGGCGGAAUGAACUCGAUCAAAGACGAGAACAUGAAAAUGGACAACUUUCGUUACGAGUACAAUCCGCAAGACGCCAAUUGUUACCCGGGCGAAUUAUUCUGUCGAGUUUGUAAUCGAGGUUUCCAAAAUAAACAGAAUAUGAAACGACACAUGCAAACGCAUUCCGGAGUUAAACCUCACCAGUGCAAGUUCUGCGAGCUUUCGUUUCUGCGACUAUCGCAUUUACAACGCCAUCACCGAGUUCAUACCGGUGAACGACCUUUUUCAUGCGAUCAGUGCGAUAAACAGUUCAGCAGAAGUGAUAAACUCAAGCAGCAUAUUGCUCAACAUCAUUCGGGUAUCGUGAUUCCUAAACAACAGAAGCAAAGAGGAAGACCGAGAAAGGUACCGUUGAAUAUUCCUUUGAACUUGACACCUAUGCCAAAUACCAAAAUUACCAAUGAAAAUAGUGAAAAUAUUAACAACGUUCCUUCUUACCCAACUUUAAUUUAUUCUGUUAUGCAAUGAUGAUUUUUUCGCCCGAUUUUAAGUAUUUUUUUAAGUUAAUUUUUUUGUUUUUUUUGGUCUUUUUUUUUCUUUCUUUUGUGUACGUACUUUUAUUUCGAAGCACUCGUUCGUUUUAAUAACUUUCUCCAUGAUGUAUUUGCUUUGUUUUUUUUUUUUUACUACGAAUGAUCUCAAGUUUGUAUUUUACUUAUUGUAACUUGUAAGAGUAAUUUUAGAGGUCGAAUGGUUUCAUGGUUUGGAUUUUUUUUAUUUUUAUCGACGACAGUCACAUGUACGUAACAUGAUUUUGUAUUUUGAUUCGAAGUAUUUUCAGUAAUAGCGUUUGAACUUCGUUAAUAUUGUAUCUUUUGAUUUUUGAAACAUUUCAUUGUCCAUUUUUGAUUGUAACUUUUGAAAGAAUGUAUAAGUUUCAAAUUUAUUUGGAAUUUUCGAUGUUAUGUAUUAUGUAAUAAUGAAAUGAAAUAAACCACAUUUUCAUUUUGUA